AUGGCUACCUCUCGAGAUAGCCCCGCGCCUGUUCUGCCUGGCCGCGCCCUUGGGUUCCUCACUCUUGGGGCAUCACUCCACCACGUUGUCACCCGUCUUAAAUCUCUUCCUGAGAUAUACACAGCGUUAGAACUGGUCUAUGACAUCACCAAGCCUCUUCAGGAGGCUGUCAUACUACAGCUACCAGAGAACGGCCUGCGACUCCGUUUUGAUGGACCUGAUCAACGACUGCGCCUGAUAGAAGUCUUGGAUUUUAGCAAAAUCCCUCUUGUCUACAAGACCCAUGAGGUAGUAAAGCCUACAAAGUCGCCUUCCGAUCCACCGGGUUUUGGUCCUGGAUUCCGUCAUAUAUACAACAGGCUAUUUGGACCAACUUAUCCCGGCGAAUAUUUUCCUCCAGCUGCAGGAGAAACUCAUGGGACUUAUGUCCUAUCUUAUCCUGGAGUUGCAUUCUCAUUCUCUCUGCUUGAUAGCGCCUGGUCGGAGAAGCGCGAUUUUGUCUCGCUGAUGUCUUCAUCCGCUGCUUCUCUUGCCACGUCUAUGGCGAUAUUUCAGGGAUCGUCUUGGUUGGAUGGGCUGAGCAACCUGUUCACCCGUCAACCUCAAUACCCGCGAUCGAGCGCACUAAUGGGCAAGAAUAAGGAGUCUGUUGCAGACGAGGUCGAACUUGUAAAUGUGCAUGAGGGUGGACAUAUCGAACUUAUCAGGCGAUCAAGCAACCCCUUUUGGAUUACCCUUGGAGAAACGACCCCUCAAGACCUUAUCACGGAACUCGGACCCCCAGAUGCAGUCUAUCGGAAAAGUGACAGCCGGAUCCUAAUACAUGGCGAAGGAGAGAAGAAUGUACCUGGAACGACAAAUGGCGGAGGCAAUUUACCUACGCCUCCUACUGACCCCUCGGACAUAGAUCCACAUUUUGAUAGCGCCUUGACGGAUGAAUCGGAAGAGGAUUCAGGUGCAGCAACAAAUGAAGAACCCGGGCCACUGCCUAGUGACUGUUUUUACAACUAUUUCAGCCAUGGGUUUGAUAUCUUGGUUGCCCCAUCCUCGUCUGGCCGCCGCUCACCUGGGUCACCCACAAGAGAAUUGCAUGCAACAGGGGGCACGCCAGAACUUGUCACAUCGAAAAUCAUACUUCAUGGCAACGUGCCAGGCUCAUACCCUUUCAAUCGACACAGGCGCUGCAGAUGGGUGCUACACAUAGGCCCCAACAAGGAGACCAUCACAUCCGAAACACCAUAUGGGGAAAUAUCUCCAAUACUAAAGGAACGAUGGCGAGGCCGCUAUUCGAGCCCCACAGAAGAGUCUUCCUUCCAGAGGGGCAUGGUUCUCAAUCGAGGCUGGGGUGAAACCCCUGGCAGCAGCAUUGAAUUUUUGGGCAGCUGGGAAGAAAACCCAUCAACUAAUAAAAACAAAACAGACCAUAGCUCUGAGGCACCUAGUUCAUUGGGUAAUACCGAACUGUAUGGCUUCCCAGGCCUGCUCUUUGAAGUUCUUAAGAAUGGCUCUGUCAACUGUUUGACCGUGUAUUAA